AUUGACAAAUUCUUGAAUUUGACUGCAUUCAUAGAAUAUGGGGAGAUAAAAUUGGGAGAAAAUAGGACUGCGAAUUUUUUUUAUUUAAAUAGUUUAUGUUUAUGGCAUAAAAGACAUUGCUAAACUGAACCUAAUCACUGAGAACGCUCUUCGAUGGAUCAAGUACGAUAAUGUUGUGCGUAAUAUAGAAUCCGAUUCAUACACAUAAAGCCGGCCUUUGGGUAUAAGCUAAGUGAACAGAAAACGGGCGGUACACUACAUUAAGUUGAAGCUGAGUUGCGCUGCUAGCGUUACUUAUCGUUACAAGACUAUUUUAUAUUUAGCCGUGAUGGAUACAGAGUUGACAGGAUAGUAAUUAAGACUAGUAAUUUUUUAGCAAUCAUUCUAAACUAGAACUUACAAUUUCUAUCAUUUAUGGUGCAACUACGGAUUUUUAGAAAGUAUAUAAUUCCACAAUUCAGAAUAUCUGAAUAAUAUAGUGUUGUCUAUGUCUGUACGUAAUGCUUCGUCACAGAGGUCCACGUACUGUUCUGACUACAGUCAAGGAGCUUGAUGCAUUUCCCAAGAUUCCAGAAUCUUAUUCGGAAACAUCUGCGAGAGGUGGAGCCAUAUCCAUAUGCACAUUUUUGCUUAUAUUCAUAUUGGUCAUCUCUGAAGUUGGAUUUUUUUUGGACACAAGGUUGAAAUUCAAAUACCAAGUUGAUGUGGAAUAUAAUGAAAAAGUUUGGCUCAAUUUUGACAUCACUGUAGCAUCGGAUUGCAGAUUAAUAGGAGCUGAUGUUGUGGACGUUACUGGCCAAGCCUGGGUCUUUACAGAAGAAAUAAGAGAGAAGCAAGUAAACUUUGAACUUUCUCCAGAGGAAUCAUUUUUGAGAGAUUCAUUAUUGAAGAAAAAGGCUGUGCUAUUAGAUGAAGAUGAUGGAACUAAAAUUAGUGAAAUUGCUAUAAAACAUGGGUUCAAUGCUACACAGAUAUAUUUUCAGGCAGAGAAGGAUUCCUCUUUGGGACCAUUUGAUGCAUGCAGAUUCUAUGGAAAUGUAUUGGUGAACAAAGUGUCUGGUAAUUUCCAUAUUGUGGCUGGAAAAUCUAUACCAUUGCGAGGUGGACAUGCUCACUUGUCAUUUUUAGCAAACAAUGUAAAUUACAACUUUUCGCAUCGAAUCAAUCAUUUUUCAUUUGGGGAUAUGAAAGUCGGAUUUAUCAAUGUUUUAGAUGGAGAUGAACAUCUCACUAAUGUUCAAGGUGCUACUUUCCAGUAUUACAUAAAUGCUGUAGCAACGCAUAUAUCUUCAAGGCGAUUCAACACGAACACUUAUCAAUUCUCUGUGUCCGAGCAAUCGACAUUGACUGACAAUAGUAUGGGAAUUGCUGGAAUAUUUUUCAAGUAUAGCUUCUCACCAAUUGCAGUAAAGAUUCAAGAGCAGUCAAUGCCACUUGGGAGAUUUUUUGUACGGUUGUGCGGAAUUGUCGGCGGCAUAUUUGCAACAUCACAUAUUAUAAAUAUUCUGAUUGGGAUUGUGUCCGAUUAUACAAAACAAAAGCGAACCGAUCUCUCAAGCAAAACUAAUGCAGCAACUUUAAAAACUGCAACUCUUUUGUCUGAUAGUGCACCCGUUAAUAAUAGUGUGAGUUGAUAGUGAUGCGCACUUUCUUAAGAGUGUUGUUUUACAACAAAGUCUAGUGACUUCCUGUUGAAUAUAGGUACUGUUGAUGCCGAAAUUUUAUGUAUUCUAUGCAGACAUUAUAACCUACUGUGUUUAGAACAAUUUGAUGUGAAAGUAUUUCAAUAAAUAUUCAUGGGAGGCUGGGAGCACUA